CCAACGUCAAUCAACAAUCCAACAACCGACAACACCACCCAUCCCAUCCCGUCACAAUGCCGACUCACUUGAGCAAGACAAGGAAGCACCGUGGCCAUGUCAGUGCCGGACAUGGUCGUGUCGGCAAGCACCGCAAGCAUCCCGGUGGUCGUGGUCUUGCCGGUGGUCAGCACCACCAUCGUACCAACUUGGACAAAUACCAUCCCGGUUACUUCGGUAAGGUUGGUAUGCGCCACUUCCAUCUCCUCCGCAACCACGAGUGGAAGCCCGUUGUGAACAUCGACAAGCUCCUCGCCCUCAUCCCCGCCGAGCAUCGCGAGAAGUACCUCACCACCUCCGAGAAGCCCAAGACUGCCCCCGUCAUCAACCUCCUCGACUACGGUUACGCCAAGUUGUUGGGCAAGGGUCGCAUCCACAUCCCCGUCGUCGUUCGCGCUCGCUACGUCAGCGCCGAAGCCGAGAAGAAGAUCAAGGAGGCCGGUGGUGUCAUCCAACUUGUCGCAUAGAGCGCUCCUGGAUUCGGAUCAGCAUAUAGCAUCAAAAAUGGGCGUUAUUGGGUAUACCCUACUACCAUUAGUGUAGUAUUUCAGCGUAGUGGCUGGGCCAAUAGAUAUCUUCAAUUGAUACAUUGGCCGAACAAACUUUUUCCGUCCUGAACCUCCUGGACGCCAUUGCACGAAGGGUGCCAUGUCGAUCGACUGGGUCCCAUCUAGGUCACGUGACCUGGACGAGUGUAUAUGGAGUGACUCUGGUUGAUCAAACCUCGUGAAGAUGAACAUGACUCAAGCUCAAGGUAGGUCAAUUGGCGAAAUUUACUGCCGCUACAAGUGACUUUGACUAUGACCGAACUCCUUGUAGAAGUACUAACAAGCAGGGUAUUUCCAUCAUUUCCGUCAUUGCUUGGUUUACCUCACAAGCUUGAUUGAUCGGAAACUGCAGACGCACACAGGCAUGCCACCUGUUUUCCAAUUUUGC